AUGAAAGUCAAGAUUAUAGAAUGGUUGGUCUUCCUAUCUUUUGUUAUUUAUACCGAAGGGGCCGAAGACGAAGGUCGCUGCAGACUGGUAGAUGAUCAUUCUUUUAAAAAUUUACAUGAAUCCGUAUGCUAUCUCAGCUGCCUUUCGGAUGCACUAAACAAAUUAUACACCAAUGGAGAGAGGAAGUUGCUUGUGAAUGAGGAAGUAUAUGCGAACGCAUCUCGUAUAUUGGAUGAUAUGGAAGGGAGAGCAGGUGAAAGUGUCAAAUAUUUGAGUGUUAUUAGUGAUGCAAUGGGAGGGAAACAUGAUAAAUUGGAAAAACUUAUAUCUUAUGGAAAUACAAUGGGAGACCUGGUGGCUAAGGUAGGUGGAUUAUUUGCUGAUGUUAAUGAAAGUGUGAGGGUGGUGAGAGAGCUGUUGCCCACUGCCCUCAUGGAAGCAAAUAGAUACUAUACGGCCAGUGCAGAAAUUACAAGGACUGUGUGGGAUGAUGUUAAGGCGGUAGAGGGCAGCGACGAGGAAGCUGCAAAGUGUAAAGGAGAAAACAUUGGUGUUACAGAGUUCCCGACGACUUGUGGCAACCACACAUGUCCUUUGAGAGAUAAUGUAAGUGACGAUACUCUUCAAAAGUAUAAGGACGGGUGCCUUGAAAUAAAUGUGCUGAAGACUCCCGGAUAUGUAAGUGAAUGCUUGAACCGACCAAGGAACAAAUUGUACAUGGAUGGUGCGGUAAAUAAUUUGAGCGACACAAUAAAGUGGAGAGGGGAGAGUCGAGACGGAGCCAUUUUUUUCCAGCUGACGGUCCAAGUACAAAAUGUCUUUGGUCCCCUUAUCGGACCUUUUUCCGCCGGGCAGCCCCCUCCCGUACUUCUUGAAGUAAUGUCAAAUAUCACCUCUCUUCACUCCCACUUUAACAAGGUGCAUAACAACUUCACGUCGCUGCUAUUCGACAUUGAUGUUGCUGGUAAUGUUACCACCGCUAAUUCUUCCAUCUGA